AAGAUGGUGGAAGUUUCUUUCUUGGAGUGAACUGGAGUGGAAAGCUAAACACCGAGGUGUACACAGUUCGGCCGUCAAGUUGGGCUUGCCUAAUUAAAUUUAUUCGCCUUCGGAAACGGCAGACGAUUGCCCGUGCUCUUUGCUCUGUGUGAUGGCCUGCAGUGUUGCCAAACCAGGCUCUGUCAAUGGCUACACCAUGAAGGCACAGCUCCAGAUCAUCGUGCUGUCAGCAAAGCUGAAAGAAAACAAGAAGAACUGGUUUGGGCCGAGUCCAUACGUGGAAGUUGCCGUGGACGGGCAGUCCAAGAAGACAGAGAAAUGCAACAACACCCACAGUCCCAAGUGGAAACAGCCUCUCACAGUAAUCGUCACACCUUUUAGUAAGCUGAUCUUCCGAGUGUGGAGUCAUCAAACUUUAAAAUCAGACAUUUUGCUGGGAAUGGCCACGCUGGAAGUGAGCGAAACCCUGAAAUCCAACGACAUGAAAAUCUCAGAGGUGGUGCAGACCCUGCAGCUCAGCACAGACAGAGACCAGACAGAGGUGGUUGGGGACCUGUCUGUCUGUCUGGAUGGGCUGCAGGUGGAUCCAGAAAUGUUCGCCACGGCAGCCGCGAACAACAGCAGUGCUGUUCCAAACGGGGAUUCACAACAGAGCAGUGACUCUGUUAGGUCUAGCAGGGACGCGUCGCCCUCCAUCGAUAGCUUGGAGGAGAGGGCUGCCCCCAAUGGCCGGGCGGUGAACGGCACGGGAUCCCCCUCUCUGUCAGCGGGGGGGUCCAGGCCGCUGCGGCCCCCCCGACCGUCUCGUCCACCGCCCCCAACCCCACGGAGACCAGCCUCCUCUCCAGCGUCCUCCAAUGGCUCGGCCCCCAGCGAAGGCGGCGACGCCCCGACCCCGGAGGCCUCGGCGCGCGUGUCCGCAGCUGGGGCCUCGGAGACCGGCGGCAGCUCAGGGUCACAGGAGCCAGGGGCGGCAGGAGCCAGACAGGUGGCCAGCCUCGCCCCUGCCGCUCCCAGAAUCCCUGCCAUCAGCACAGGCCCACUGCCUCCUGGGUGGGAGCAGAGGGUGGAUCAGAACGGCCGCGUGUAUUUCGUGGAUCACGUGGAAAAGCGGACGACAUGGGAUAGGCCGGAGCCUCUGCCUCCCGGGUGGGAGCGCCGCGUGGACCCGAUGGGCCGGGUGUACUUCGUGGAUCACAUCACCAGGACCACCACGUGGCAGCGCCCCACGGUGGAGUCGGUCAGGAACUACGAGCAGUGGCAGCUACAGCGCAACCAGCUGCAAGGCGCCAUGCAGCAGUUCAACCAGCGCUUCAUAUUCGGGCUCCAUGAUCAAGCUACUGCUGCACAGAACAAAGAAUUUGAUCCUCUGGGACCUCUGCCGCAUGGAUGGGAGAAAAGAACAGACACCAACGGCAGAGUGUACUUUGUGCACCACCCAACACGGACCACACAGUGGGAGGACCCGCGGACCCAGGGGCUGCUAAAUGAGAAGCCGCUGCCCGAGGGCUGGGAGAUGCGCUUCACGGUGGACGGCAUUCCCUACUUCGUGGAUCACAACCGGAAAACCACCACAUACAUCGACCCGCGGACUGGGAAAUCCUCCCUAGAAAAUGGACCCCAGAUCACAUAUGUAAGAGACUUCAAAGCCAAAGUCCAGUACUUCCGAUUCUGGUGUCAGCAAUUGUCAAUGCCUCAACACAUUAAGAUCACCGUCAGCCGCAAAACCCUGUUUGAAGACUCGUUCCAGCAAAUAAUGAGCUUCAAUGCACAAGACCUUCGACGGCGACUCUGGAUCAUUUUUCCAGGAGAGGAAGGGUUGGACUAUGGAGGCGUGGCAAGAGAGUGGUUCUUCCUGCUCUCCCAUGAGGUGCUGAACCCAAUGUAUUGCCUGUUUGAAUAUGCGGGGAAGGACAACUACUGUCUGCAGAUAAACCCUGCCUCCUACAUCAACCCCGACCACCUCAAAUACUUUAAGUUCAUUGGACGCUUCAUUGCCAUGGCUUUGUUCCAUGGAAAGUUCAUUGACACCGGAUUCUCCCUACCGUUCUAUAAACGCAUUCUGAACAAGCCGUUGGCCUUGAAAGAUCUGGAAUCCAUUGACCCGGAAUUUUACAACUCCCUCAUUUGGAUCAAGGAGAAUAACAUUGAGGAGUGUGGCUUGGAAAUGUACUUCUCUGUGGAUAAAGAAAUCCUGGGCGAAGUCACCACCCAUGAGCUCAAACCAGACGGAGGAAACAUCCUUGUCACGGAGGAGAAUAAAGAGGAGUACAUUAGGCUGGUGGCAGAGUGGAGGCUGUCGCGGGGCGUGGAGGAGCAGACGCAGGCCUUCUUCGAGGGCUUCAACGAGGUCCUCCCGCAGCAGUACCUGCAGUAUUUUGACGCGAAGGAGCUGGAGGUGAUGCUGUGCGGGAUGCAGGAGAUCGACCUGGCCGACUGGCAGAGGAACACCAUCUACCGGCACUACGCUCGCAGCAGCAAGCAGAUCCUGUGGUUCUGGCAGUUCAUUAAAGAAAUGGACAAUGAGAAACGGAUGCGGCUGCUGCAGUUCGUCACAGGCACGUGCCGCCUUCCCGUCGGGGGCUUCGCGGACCUGAUGGGGAGCAAUGGUCCGCAGAAGUUUUGCAUUGAGAAAGUAGGCAAAGAGAACUGGCUGCCUAGAAGUCACACUUGCUUUAAUCGACUGGAUCUGCCACCCUACAAGAGCUACGAGCAGCUGAAAGAGAAGCUGAUGUUUGCCAUCGAGGAGACCGAAGGCUUCGGACAGGAGUGAUCGGUGGAGGCCUUUGCGGGUGAGCCCGCCCCGCGUACCAGCUCUGCGCAGCAGUGGUCCGGUCCGCGCGAGCUCUCUGGGCUGUGACCCCCAGGGGUUGGCCUUGCGCGGACGAAAGCCAACUGCUGCCGGGAGUAGAGAGGUGACCAGGCCCCCCGCCAACCACCACCGCCACCGCCACCAAAUAAGAUCUCCAAUGUCUCACCUCUCACCUGCCCUUGACCCCGCCCCAUCCCUGUGGAUCGUACCACUAAAGCCUGUUGGGGAGGGGGCGGAAAACGGGUAGAGUCUACUCAGGUUCUGUGCUCCUCCCCGAACAGGCCAUGCAGUAACGUCCCAAUUCUUCUGUCAUCAUGCGCUUAACGAGUAACUUGCAAAUGGAGAGUCAUGCCGGAUCUCAUCCAUGUAUAUAUUAGAUAAUGAUAGAUAAUGAGAACCUGACAAACUUGGCCAAUACUCUGUCCCCCCCUUUUCCACCCAUUUGUCUGUGUUCUCUUAACAGCUUUUGGGACUGUCAUACUUCAGUGAAUGUCAGUCCAGAGAACUCAUGAUGCAGCUGCUUUGUGUGCAGGCCAUGGUCAUGUUUGUCAUUUUAAUUUGAAUCUAUUUCUUUCUCAUAGGGCAUGAAAUUAGCAGCAUUGUUUUUAUAUCUCAAACUGUGCCUAAAACCUCACGUCUUUUAUUUUCCAUUGGAAAAGAAAGCACUUUAUUAGAAAUGUUCCCUGUUGUUAGUGUGGGUUUUACAAGCUCAAGAGAAGUGAUCAAUUCUGUUUAAAUCUUUGAGGAUUUUGGAGAAGACUGUCGGUAUAAAUCUGAAUCACUCUUCAGAUUUCCUCCUUGGAUGUCAGUAUAUUGCCAAGCGUGCUUAGUUUUUUGUUGUUUUGGGUGAUGUGGGGGGAAAAAAAACUAAACAAUGAGUGUUUAUGACAUUUGGGAAGAGCCGAAGAUUAACGAGACCCUAUUGUAAUGGACAGCUGAACUGGGGAAAAACGCUGGUAGAAGAGGAAUGGGUUUAAGAGUGCAGACAAUGCUCAGUGUUACCCUGAAACUCACGUGGAACCCGGUUUAGUGUGCUCACCUCAGCUGGAGAUGCACCUUAAAUAGAGAGGGAAACUCAUUUUUCACCCAAGCAGCAGCAGUCAUUUGGCUGACAGACAGUGACCAGCCAGUCUGCUUUCUUUCAUUGUGAAGGCCACAAUGACUGCAUGACAGUUAGCUGAAGGUCAUUGUGUGUAGGUGGAGCGUUACCCCUGCCCAUGUUUGCUACUGGCUAAUUGUAAUGUCACAUACCUGUCAAACAGAGCUAUUUAUAACGGACUUAGAACUGAUCUUCAAGUGCAUUUUAAGUCUUGAAGAUCUUUGCAUCGCAGAUUGGUGAGCAUCCUAUUUCUGGCUGUGCUUAAUUAAGCCUGGUAAUGUAACACAGAGCAAAACUGCAAGAGGCUUGAAGCCCUGUAUUUUUAAAUGGUGCGAAUGCAGAGCAAAAUAAUGCAGCAGACAGGACCCUAGUUUUAUAGGGACUUGCUCUCUGAGCUAUUUUAAUUAUCUUUUUUUUUUCCUGGGGAGGGAGAGAGGACAAACACUGCUUGUAAAUAUGUGAAUGAUUUGUGUCUAGAUUAUCUACAAUGGCGAUCCCAGGUAAUGUGAGUCAGAACUGCUGUAUUAAACUAGGGGAAAAAAAAGCUUGAGGUAACAGUACAUUUGAAGUAAUAUGUGGAAUACCAAACACCUGCCAUUGUCUUUUUGCGACAAUGAAAAAUAAAUAAUCAUGAAAUCUUUUUCUCUGAGCUUUCGGUUUGUCUUUGAUGAGGCAACCCUCGAAAGCCUCUUUGAGGUUCUUGCACUGCCAAGUCAUGCAAGUGUAAAUAAAUUAACAGUAAAUGAUCUGAUCCCAGAUCUGUUAACUUUCCUGCAAAGAUAACCAAAUGAUGACUGAAGCCUGUAGUCAGUACAGCAUUGAGUGUGUCAGUCUCCCUGUCGUCUUUGUGCAGAAGGCUUUUUGUUAUCGUAGAAAGUUUAGCUUGUGUUUGCUGGUGCAUUCCACUGGUGUCAGUCAGUAGGUUUCCUAGUAACAUCAAUAAAAAACAUUGAUGGAAAGCAAUGUACUUUCCCCAUUCAAUGUGAGGAAGAAUAUAUUUAUCCACUAUGAUGCAGCAUUAUAAAAACCUUUACAGUGGGCUAAUAACACAGUUGAUACAGGAAAGGGCAUAUCAGUUACUUGCUUGAAAUCUGGUAUGCAUUUGUAACAUUUUGCCUAAUAUGAAAAAACCGAAGGUGAAGAUACAGACUUAUUUAAACUACAGAUGCCUGUUUUGUCAGAUGGGAACAACUUACUCAGUGUUUAUUUUAAUGUGAUAAGACUUCGUAAUAACAUGAAACUUUUUUAUGGAAGGUUCAAGAGAAUACAAACAUAGGCACAUCUGCGCCCUUGCAAAGGAAUUUCCUGAAUGACCAAAGUAAUUUCGCUCAGACUCUUCACAUUAUACUCUGUGCUAAUUGUGUUAGUCCUGUUGUUGUCAACCCAUGUAAGUGCACAAUGUAGCUCUGAAAAACCUAGUAACAAUACAAGUCAGGCUCUCAAUCACCGCAGUGUAAAAAUACUAAUGUUCCCCACCUCUGCAGCAAGCCUCUAUACCGUAUUCAGAUUCAAACUUCAGACUAACAGGACAGUUCCUCUGCCUCCUGCAACAUCAGACAUAAAACUGGACAGCAAAAAGGCAAGCAUGUUUUACUGGCUUCAUCGUUCAGUCAUUGUGACGGGAGUAAGCUGAAGUGGAAGCCCCAGAUGCACUAACACAAAUGGAAACGUCUAAAACCCUUUCAGCUCAGACUCUGUCCCACCAAAUUUGUGUUCGGGUUCAGUGCAUUGUCGCUACUGUUUUUGCUCGUGUUGCGUCUUCAAAAGACUGUCAUACCCAGUUACUUUAAUAUACCCCCAAAAACAGAGCAUCACAUGGACGUGUGCUACAUCAACUAAGUAGCAGCAUGUCAGCAGAGAAACUGCAUUCUGUCUUCAACGGCAGAUGGCAUUGCCCAAAUGUCAAAUUACUGUGGUUGGGAACAGAAUGUCCUCAAACAUUUUUGUCCUUCCUUGUAAACAGUGUUUUGUGCAGAAAAUUUGGAAACAUCAUUUACCAGAGUCCAGAAGAAUUUUUAAAAUCUGAUUUGACUCCAUAUUUGAAUGAAAUCCCAGGGAAGGCAAAUGUACAUAUAAUUUAUGUUGCAUUGAAAAAUGUGCUAACUUAUGUGUCCAGAUUUAUUUUGAAACCAAUGUACCAAACUACUCUGAUCUUCCCCUCUGUAAAUUAAAGGAACAUUGUAAAUUGUGUUAAUACAUUCAUUUAAAUUUUAAUUCUGUAAAAACAAAACAUCUUUUAGUAAA